CGGCAGACGGAUCCGUUCAGUUGGCUAAUCCAAAUUUUCAAUCUACAACCUCUUCAACCAAUACAUCUUCAGCCUCACGCAGCCAAUCAGUGACAAGUGCUAAUCUUCACCAUAUUAUCCAAAGUCUAGGCGGAUCCCAAGUUAAUUUAGGUUUAACAAAUGAACAACUUGCUCACGAGAUCAUAAUCGAUCCGGAUUUCGAAUUAAAGCCUCCAAAACUUUCUGAAUUAGAAGAACGUGUGCGAGCUAUCGCUACUAAGGCUUUCUUUGAUUCCGUAAAAGCUGAUCUUGAGCAAGGACAGUAUGAGAGAUGGGUGCCCGAACUUUUAUCUGACGUUAAGCAGCGUCUUCUCGAUCUUGUUUCUCCUACUUCUUCUUUACGUUCAUCCAUCAAUGAAGUUCUUGACAUUGAUUUGAUUACUCAACAAACAAAAGCGGGUGUUUAUAAUAUACAUAACUGUAUUGUUUUUAUUAUAAAUACAAUGCUUCAAAUAUGCGCACCUGUUCGUGAUGAAGAAAUUCAAAAACUUAAGGAUUUAAAUGAUUUUGCGGAAAUCUUUCAAAAGUUAUUAAAUAUUUUAGAUCAAAUGAGACUGGAUCUCGCUAAUUUUCGUGUCAAGGCUUUUAGGCCUUACUUAAAGGAGCAUGCCAUUGAGUAUGAACGCCGCAAAUUUGAACAGGCUUUACAAUCCAAACGUUUAACACUUGAUUUGACAAAAUCAUGGAUUAAACAAAUUGUUAAUUCCCUUUUGCGUACCAGAGCAGAGCGCAAUCCAGAAAAUAUUCAUUUGCCACAACAUCGACAUAAUCAUGGUAUUAAAUUUGAUCAAGUGUAUAAUGAAUCAUUUGUCUCUUUUAUUUUCCAACCGUCAACAAUUGACAAAAACAACUGCCCUGAAACUCUUUUGCUUGAUAUUGAAAGGCUCUGGAAUUAUCAGAAUGAAGGGCAGGCCAUCACUAUUGUAGCUGCUUUGUUAAUGCUUACUAAAAAUGUGGCAGGUGGAAACGUUAAUAGCGCUUCUGAUGAUCUUACAACCUUAAAGGAUACCCUCUUUGUUCUUCUUAUGGAUGGAGAUACUACAAUUGAUAACUUAACAGCCGAAAUUUUAUCAUAUUUCCCAUCAACUCUUUCAUCUGAAACUCAAACAUUAAUUAAAUCGAUGGUUUCCAAGACACUUUCGCAAUCUGACAAAGUGUUUUCCCUCUUAUCCCGCCGGAUUCAAAAUAUCAUGAAACAACAUCUUCAAACGGGACAAUUUCCUAAAAAGGAAACUUUGGCCCAGCACGGAGUAAUUGCUGUUGCUAAAGAACUGGAACAAUUAAGCAGAAAAAUUUGCAUAUUGGGAAGAUAUAACCGUGAAGUUUAUGCUUAUUGGUAUGAUACGAUUAUUC